AUGCGACGUAGAAAAGAUCGCGAACCUAUUAUCUUGGUUAUAGAUUUUCAUCAUGCCAGCUCCACCGAGGACUUCUCGUACUUUACACUCCAGCAGAGCGCAUUGGACUCAGAGCCCGCGACCUCCCUCUUCGGAAUAUCAUGCACACGCCAGAUAGAUUCUGCAUCACUGAUCAAUCGACCCCCUGAAGUGACAAGAUCGACGGUCCAGAAAGCGGUUGUGGCUGUGAUUGAUGAACCCAGGCAUUUCGGGCAGUUGAGACAGAAGCUAUCCAUUGUUACAUCCGCGUGGUUUGCGCAGAGGGAUUUCUCGGAUACGGAUAUUUUAAAGAUAUUCCAAGAAAGCCUGGCGGAAAGUUUAGACAAUGAUGAAGGCCAACAGGAUGGGAUCUUGGGCCUUUCGUUACGAGAGAUGAUCUAUGAAUUCAAACAUCAGACUCUGGUCUUCUUUAAGUGCUUGUUACUUCAACCAAAAAUGCUUUUCUUUGGCACCCGUUGCGAACGCCUCUGCAUGAUCCAAUUUUCGCUUAUUUCUUUGAUACCCGGACUUAUUCACCACCUUGAAGAUUGCGCGGACCCGUCCUUUGAUAGUUAUGGGGAGUCUACUGUGAAACCUACGUCUCUCAAGACUAGUGAGAGGAGCUCAUUGCUGGCAUAUAUGGGUUUACCUCUUCAGAUCUUCGGCAAGGGAAGCAUGUUUGGUCCCUAUAUACCUCUCCAGCGCCUGGAUCUCCUUGCCGAUUACGGUACGAAGUCAUACGUAGUUGGAUCCACCAAUUCCCUGUUGUUGCAGCAGAAGGACCGAUACAGUGAUAUUCUCAUCAAUCUCGACGAAAAUACGAUCAACAUCUCCUCGCCAUCGUUAAGAUCUGCCCUUUCUCUUUCCGCAGCUGACAGGCGAUGGAUUGAUUUUCUCACACAAAGCAUCUAUGAAACCUGGGAUGACGCCCAGCCAGAGCGGCCUAAUACCCAUGGAUAUUUGGGUUCCGAAGAAUUCAUCCGUCUUCAAUUUGAAGAGUAUCUAUUAGCCCUCCUCUCUUGCGAAAAGCUCCAUCAUGAAAUGCAUUGCGGUUCGGGAACUUUAUCACCAGGUUUAGAUAUUGAAGGGGACCCAGUGUCUGAGUUCGGUACACACUUCCUUGAGCGUUGGAGGACAACGCCGAACUAUGCUCUGUUCCACCGGCUCACAUCUGAUUCUCAUUUGUUCUCAAUUGUGGAGCCACGCCAUCCCUGCGCUGGCGGCCUGGGUAUUCAUGACAUUCAACGACGACUUGCCCAACAAAUAGCCGAGUUGCACUUGGAUGAGCGAGUUCGUGAGGGCCGCGAAGCUCUCAACAAGCAUUUGGCCACUAGCCAAAAGAGAGUAAACUUUGCAUUCAACAGUUUCUGGGCUGACAUAAACCAGCGCAAGAAAAACGAGCACCAACGGAGAUACUCCGAAGAAUUCGCAGGGUCUGAGUCGGUGGACAAUAACUCAAUAUCAUCUCCCAGAACAUCGAUUUCGACGAUUGCAACCUCCAGCGGUGCAGGACCAUGGACAUUUGGCGCCAGAAAAGCACCAGUAGUUGACAUUGCACAGGCACAAGCGACCGUCGCUGCGGCGGGGCAACGUGCAUCUUCCUAUUUUAGUUCCUGGGGCGCGUGGGCAAACGAUAGGAGAAAGGAAUGGCAAGAGAAGAAAGCCAGUGGCAACAAUAGCCCGGUGUCAUCGACCACCCCAUUGGCUUUUCCUCAGAGCUUAUCCCUAACUACCACACAGAGCUCGAAUUAUCCGGGUGAUUUGGCUGGAAAGAACCGCGAGGGGGUACAGGGCAAAGGACACGAUUAUAGUGGUUCCGUGUCAAGCCCUAGCACGAGCUUUAGCCGCAAGGGAUGGGGAAACCUACUAUGGAAGAGCAGCGGCACUCAUAGUUUUGAUCCGGAUAUUCAAAAUAAUGUUAAUCAUAACAAUAGCAGUGGGCAGAUACCUCGAGGAAGCAGAGAUUUAAACAGAAGGGAUAUUAUUACUCCUGAUAAUGAGAACGACAGCAAUCGCACUAAUUCCAAUGCCAGGAUUGAUGAUGCCAUUGCUGUCAGCUCAACAAAUAAUCCUUCCCCACCCGAGCUACCACCAACUGCAUUGCCAUCGCGAGACAAGGAUUCCGUCCCACCGUCGAUGGUCAUAUCUGCGCCCAUUUCGCCACCAACUCUCACCGCCGCUGAUAAACAACAGCUAAAGGACCAGCCUCUGGAGCCGGCAAUUUCACCACUGAAUCUCGAUGAGCCAGUUCGUUGCGAUCCAUUUACAGUCGUGGACCUGUCCGCGCCUACCCAGUCGUUGUCGAAUAGUGAGGCUACGGAAGAUUUGAAGGCGGAGAAGAAGUAA